UACAACGCGACCUCCAGGCACCUAAUGGAGAGACACUAGACAACGGUAAACGUGUGCCGACCAACUGCUAUUCUGACGUCAAUACACCUAUAAUAUACCCAAGCAAAGAUGGCGGAAGAACUUCAGGAAUAUAGUGAGAGGAGCGCAAUAAAGAAGACGUUCAGCCAGGAGUCAGACAGCAGACAGGCACUAUUUGCAUCUAAAUCUGAUCAGGCGUGUGCAUUCUUCCAGAGAUUUCCAAAGCGUUACCUACUUGCGGUUAUGGCGUUUCUUGGAUUCUGUAAUGCCUACACUCUGCGGGUGAAUCUCAGCAUAGCCAUCGUUGCCAUGACAACCAACAGAACUCAGGUGGAGGGAAAUGGAACAUCUAAUUAUGCUCCCGACUUCCCUUGGGACAGCCAUCUGCGUGGCUAUAUUUUAGGAGCAUUUUUCUAUGGCUACAUUAUCACCCAGAUACCUGGAGGCUGGCUAGCGUCAAAGGUUGGUGGCAAGAUACUGUUUGGCGUCGGUGUUGCCGGAGCUGGCAUGCUGUCCUUGCUGAUUCCAAUCUGCACUGAAGCCAGCGUCUACUUGCUAAUAGCCUGUAGAGUUCUUCAGGGUCUCUUUGAGGGUAUGGCCUAUCCAUCCAUUCAUGCUCUGUGGAGUAAUUGGGCACCACCACUAGAAAGAAGCAGACUGUCAACUAUUGCAUUUUCAGGCUCAUAUCUGGGUGCAGUGAUUGCUAUGCCAUUGUCUGGAAUUUUAGCAGAGAAACUAAGCUGGCAAUCCGUCUUCUACGUCUUUGGUGUGCUCGCUGUUCUAUGGUUUGUGGCCUGGGCCUACCUUGUCGUGGAAGUCCCAAGCAAGCACCCAACAAUUGGCGUUGUGGAGUUGGAGUAUAUCCAGUCUAGCAUCGGAUUCACUCACGAUCAAGUAGUGGUGAGUGCUGGAUUUGCUUCAGCUUGCCCUUACCUUGUCAUGGGAAUACUUCUCCAAAUGGGAGGACACCUGGCGGAUUGGAUGUGUAAGCAAGGGACAUUCACCACCACCCAAGUCAGAAAGAUUUUCAACUGUGGAGGGUUUUACCGUUUGUACGCACCGGUGGUUAUGAUCCUGGCCGCUACUACGCGUGAGUCCGGCGGCCGCCUGUCACCUGCCUACUCGAUCGCUGUCGUCGGCGGCUCGCCUGGGCGGGUCUUCGGCGUCAUCAUUCUCGACAUCGCUCCGCAGUUUGCUAGCGUCCUGAUGGGUCUAUCAAACUGUUUUGCCACUAUACCUGGUAUCAUCAGUCCAACAGUUACUGGUUAUUUAGUCAAAGAUAAGUCGCCUGGAGAGUGGCAGGUUGUCUUCUACAUAGCAGCUGUAGUUUACGUCGUAGGAGCGGUGUUCUAUGGCUUUUUUGGAUCCGGUGAACGCCAGCAGUGGGCCGACGUACCAAACGGUUAUAAUCUUUGCGAAGAGCCGACCACUGAAGAAGUGCCGUAUGGGAGCACCAACUAGGGACGUACGUCAACCUAGGCUGCUAUAUCGUGGAAGUAAUUUCCAGGGAAGUCAUUCCAAUUUCUAUCGUUCCAUUUGUUGCCCCAGUAAUGGCGUCACAACGCAGCACCUAAUGCAUUGUGGAAGUACGUGCUGACAAGUAAGAUGUAAUUGGGAAAUAUUGGUCAGCGUGAUGCACGUUGCUAGCUAUGACAUCGUGUACCUGCUGAGUAUUGAACAGGCACCUCAGUGCUGUUUGUCAGGUGGCAGGAAACCUGCUGCAGCGUAUAUCCAUAUAUAUGUGUAAUAGUACAGUAAUCUCACAUGUUGUGUCGAUGGGAGUAACUAUGUAAUGAUUAGUAAGUAACACGUGAAUGUAUUUAUGAGUCGUGCUGCCCCUACCCAUUAUCUAAGCGAAACCAAAACCAAGAAAGUGGACUUAACAAGCAUAAUUGCUACUCGCUAAAUUUUCUGGAAAGAUUUCGUAGAACUACAACUUUGCUAUUGUGAACUUGUCAUGCACGGGCAGCUUAUUUGUGCUGAUUGUAUUUUCUCUGUUUGGCUAGCAAUGCAGAAGACACGUUCUGUGACAGGCUAGUCGCUUCCAACUAUAUAUAUUUUGAUAUUAUAUAUUUUGUGUCCGAGACAGUAAAAUAUAUGUAAAUGGUGCGAGAGAAUGAAUCGGUGAAACGUGCGGAAUCUUGUAAAGAUGUGCAGGGUGGCAUGUCAUAGCUGGAUUAUUAUGGACCGCAUCAGGCGUGGAUCAUAUCAGGGAUAAAAGUUUCUUGAUCUGGAUUUGAGAGCAAAAUCCAAAUGAUUUGCAGCCCACUUCCAAAUUACAUUUAUUAUAUAUUUAGUAGAUUUACGUCAUAUCUAAUUCAUCCAAAUGGCCUAUCUAUGCACUUUUCAUGCAUUUAUUUUUUACAUUGGUUAUGUCAGCUUUAUUCAAAACGACCCAACGAACUCGAGGAGUAUAAAAAAGUUGGUGAAAUGGCCUAUACGUGAUAUGUGCAUAUACUUGUUUUUACAAACAUAUUGGCAUCUACUUAGUUUAUUUAUGCAUGCACAUAAUUACUAGCUGUAAUUCUGGCAGCUUGGUAACGUGAUCAAUCAAAUGAUUAUAAUUUCCGUUCGUAUUUUAUUGAAAUCGGUUUUAUUGCAAAAUCCUUAAAUGUUUCAUCGGUUUGCCAUAUCAACUGAGGUCGUAGCAAGACGGGUUCUAUUGGCAUAGCUGCGAAGCAGACACCAGUUGCAACAAAAUAUGCUAACCGGCCUAGUACGGAAAGUUACGUUUUAUCUAGUCACAUUGAAUGCUAUCUAGUCUAUGCUGUGCAUUAGUUAUAAAGCAGCAAACCACAGUGUACUACAGCCAGGCUGUACUGUGCCCCAGCACUGUUUACUUACAAAAGUCGACUUAUAUCGUUAUAUGUCGUGGAUAUUACGACUUCGAAAACCACUUGGCCUACAAAGCAUUGACCUAAUUUGAUCCAAUUUCCAUCGAUAAGAGCAUGUUCUUAUACACAGGCAGUGCUGUUAUAUGGCGAUACUUCGUCAUCAUGCAGCUUGAAAUCAGUCCAGCCAAUAGA